CAGCAAUCCAAGCUGUGUGCCACACAGUCUGCAGUGGAGCAACUCAAAACCAUCAUCCCUCCUGCUCUCUUUGAAGCUCAGCUUUUUUUUUUAUUACACAGUGUGUGUGUGUGUGUGUGUGUUUCUAUUUGCCCUUGAACUUCCAAACGCUUGCUGGCUUUUGUAGAGUUAUAGAUUUUCUUUCAACAAAACAAAAUUACACACACAUAUUUGGCAACAGCUGUGCUCAGCAGAGAGAGAGAGAGAGAGAGAGGAUCAAGAAGAGGGGGGGUGGGGAGAGGAUAAAAUAGGAUAUUAUAUAUAUAUUGCAUGUCUUCAAGUUCUGCAUAAAAAAAUGAUUGCAAGAGGAAUCUUCACUUUUCUGCUCUUCACCUGCACAGCCUUGUCAUCCCCUGUCCCCAAUGUUCAUUCAAAAGCUGAUGCUAAGGUAAUGAAAUGCAUUGUCGAGGUCAUCUCUGACAUCCUCUCCAAACCCAGUCCUUUACCAAUCAGCGAGGAGUGCAUGGAAGCUCUCAGAAAAGAUGAGAGAAUCAUCUCAGUGCUUCGUCACCAGGAUUUGCUAAAGGAACUGCAAGAACUUGCAACUGAAGGUGUCAGUGAGAAAGCAUUGGAGGAAAAGCAAACCAAGGAUUACAUGGAAGAGCUCUAUGCAGCCAAGAGUCAGGUCGACAAAAAGAUUUCAGCAGAUGAAUCAUCCGAUAGCCCUGGAGAGCACUGGCAAGGACCAACUUCUGAGGCAACAGAAAGAAAGGUUGUGGAGGAUGAUGUGCAGGAUGAGAAAGACGUAACUCAGAGCAGCACGGAAACCAUGGAGUCAAACCUAAAUGGAGGUGUUUCUGCAGAUAGAAAUGGUCCGUCUACAGAAUCAAUCAGUGACAUAAUUAGUAAACUAACGCAGAGAGAGAGGAAACGUCUAGCAAAAGACAAGCUGAUGAAGCUCAACCUCAGAGAAAAUGAGUCGUCUGAGGAAAUGUCCCCCGAUCACGAUGAGAAGCAGGUUGGAGAGGAACAAGAACCAGAACAAGACGAAGAUCGGGAAACACAGAGAAAGGAAACGAUCGAAGUGCGACCAGCAAAGAGUAGUGAAAAGUACGAGGAAGAAGUGACCACUGAGGAGUUAACUAAUAAUGAUGAUGAACAAGAAGAAGAAGAAGAAGAAGAAGACAAGCCGGUCGAGGAAUCCAAAGAAGAUGGAAGCCAAAGUGUACUCAGGAGACAUGGCUCAAACAGGGACCGUUCAGAGGCAGAGCAGGACAGAGACUUGUCGGUCGAAGAACUCCAGGCAAAUGACAACAGCAGAAGCGAUCCUGAAUUGGAAGACGAGGAGUUACGAGAGGAUGACAACUUGAACCAGCAAAAGAAGAGCGAGGAGAAGGAGAGCGGACUGUCUGAAGAGUGGGAAGAGAACAAAAGAUGGAGCAAAAUGGACGAGCUGACUCGGGAGCUAAACUCGAAUAAGCGCGACGAAGUCAGCGAGGAGAAAAGCGAUCAAUCUAUGCUGGCGGAAAGGCAGCGAUCCGCAGAGUCUCGAACUCCCAAAGCUCACAAUAAAUACAGCAAAUUCAGAAACUCCUGGGAAGAAGCCAUGUAUCAGCCCAGCGAGAACAGCCAAGAGAGAAGGUACAAUAGAUUCCUGAAACUACACAAGAAUGAGAAAAGACCUGAAAUGGAGGAGAAAAAAGACGAGGAGGGAAGUGCAAGUAGAAGAAAUGAGGAACAGGAACUCGAGAGCCUCGCCCAGAUUGAAAACGAGCUGGAAGAUGUCGCGUGGAAACUACACGAGAUCAGGCAACGUUAUUAAACAGCGCGGAACCUUAGCGAUGAAGCAAUCCAUCAGCACCUUUCAAAGGCCAUUUGAGAAGUGAUAUUCCGAUCUAGACGACCAGCAAUAUGUGUUUUCUGGAUGUGUGUGUGUGUUCCCUUUCCCCUCUCCCCCACCCCUCCCUUUUGAGGAGCUGUAUUCUCUCGCUUAUGAAAUAAUUUUUGCACCAUUUGAUCUAAUGAAAAACCCACCGACCCUCAGUUUCACCACUUUUUUCUACAAUAGCCAGACUGGCUCGCUCUAUUUUACGUUGUAGUUUAAAAAAAAAUGCAGUGGCUUUUUAGAAAUACUCCAUUUGGUGGGGAAAAAAAAGCAUUUAAAAUUCCUGUUCUACUUGGUGAGUGCUCAACCCCAAGUCCGAUGGAUUGUAUUGUACAUUCUAUAAACAAUUUAUGUAAUUUAAAAUAAAACAAACUUUUAACCCA